AUGGAAAAGAAGCCUUCAACAUAUGAGGAGGUUAAUGAGUUGUUUCAAUUAUUAUCGGGCAUCCAUGAUUAUCAACCGAGCUUGGGACAUGAUCGCUGGUGUUGGAAAGGAGAUAAAAGUGGAGUGUAUACCGUGCAUAAGGCAAAGAAGAUGAUUUCUGAAAAUAGGACACAGGUGCCGAUCAACUCGAGUAUGAAAUGGAAGUGUUGGACGCCAUUGAAGUGCAAAAUUUUGGUGUGGAGGGCAGACAUUAAUCGGCUCCCAACACGGGCGGAGCUUCUUAAACGUGGGGUUGCUUUUAAUGAUGGAUCGUGUGCCAUAUGUAAUGAGGAUUUGGAAACUACGACGCAUUUGUUCACAGGUUGUGUGUUCUCGGAUGAAAUUUGGGCGCGAGUGGGAUCUUGGUGUCGUUUAAGUCCCAUCUAUGCUUUUGAAGUAAAAGAUCUUUUGAAGAUGGCGGGUACUCAAAUGAAGACGAAGAAGGAGAAAUACAUUCUUAGAGGCAUUAUCUACACCACAAUGUGGUCGAUAUGGAAUGAACGUAAUGCUAGAAUUUUCAAGGGCAACUCUCGUAAACCGAUCGAGGUGGUGGAAAUUGUCAAAUCUACGGCGUUUUUGUGGAUUCGUCAUAGGUCUAGUUUGAAAGGUAUUGAUUGGAAUGUUUGGUGUAAAUAUCUUAUGGACGUGAUGUAA